AAAAGCUCAUAACGAGUGCACAGUUGAAGAGUCUUUUCUUGUCUGUAGACACCACAUCGUUCGUCCGAGGGUUUGUCGGUCCGUUUCCGACAGAGCAGAAGCAUGGGAGAUAGAUUGCGUCUUGCCAUUGGAGUGAUGGGUACAUUACCAUACAUCUUUCCCUCCUAUGAUUCAAAAUCAGCACAUAAAUUGUCUGAAAUCAUCUCUGGUUUAUACGUAUUUAUCGAGUUUGCGCAUGGUUGUUUGUAUUCUUGCAGGAAAUGCCGCUUCCUUGUUAUUAUAUGCAGCUCCCAUAUUGACUUUUGCGAGGGUCAUAAGAAGGAAGAGCACUGAGGAGUUCUCUUGCAUUCCAUACAUCCUCGCGCUCUCGAACUGCCUCCUCUACACUUGGUACGGGCUUCCCAUCGUGAGCUACCAAUGGGAAAACUUUCCGGUCGUCACGAUCAACGGCUUGGGGAUUCUUCUCGAGUGCUCUUUCAUUGCCAUGUACCUUUGGUUCUCUCCCACGAAAACGAAGAUAAAGGUGGGUGCGAUGGCGCUGGGAGUGCUCGCAAUUUUCACUAUCAUUGCUGUCGUAUCAACUUUUAUAUUUCACGAUCACCAUCACCGCAAAGUACUUGUAGGAAGUAUAGGACUCGUGGCCUCAAUCGCGAUGUAUGGAUCUCCAUUGGUGGUUGUUAAACAAGUGAUAAUGACGAAAAGCGUGGAAUUCAUGCCGUUCUACUUGUCAUUGUUCUCAUUCCUCGCUAGUUCCCUUUGGAUGGCCUACGGACUGCUGGGUUGCGAUCUCUUCCUCGCGUCACCUAAUCUGGUGGGGAGUCCUCUGGGGGCGCUGCAACUGAUCCUCUACUGCAAGUACAGGAAAAGAGGAGUCAUGGACGAACCAAGCAAGUGGGAUUUGGAAAACAAUGGUGAUCAGGACAAGUCUAAACAGUCGCAGUUAGCGGUGAAUGACCAUAUUGCCGAUCCCAAAUGUCGAUCUUGAUCCCUCUAGUGAUCUAGAUGAAGUUCCCAUGCGGUUCAUGCUGAUAUUUUUCAACUCAACUUGUCACAACCUGGGUUGAAAAAAAAAAACUGAGCUUUGCAUUACUGGUCAUCCCA